UUUAUAUUAUCGAUUCUAAAUUUCGCGCAGGUCUCGAUCUUCCUUCUUCAAUGGCGACCAAUUUCACAGAAGAACUGAGCGAAAACACUCUUCCAGGACCGAAACAAACCCUACCACUAAAUUUAGGAUUCGCAGCGGCUGGUAAUGGCCAAGUAGAUCAACACCAAAAUCGCCGUUCCUCGGCUACAAUUACAAAGGAAGUUAUUGAAUCUCAACAUGCCGCCGUGGGGAGAAUACCGGAGUAUCAUGUUUCUGUUUUUGAUAUCUUCAAGAAGAUCCGUCGUGCGGAGCGAUUCGGGAUCCCCGUACGUUUGUCGGAGGCAGAAAAACGAUUCUCUCGAGCUGAGAGGUUCGGCAUUGAUUCAGUUUGUGGACCGGAUGAAAUGGUCAAAGCAGAGGAACUGAAGAGAAAGGCAAGAGCAGAGAGAUUUGAGCUCUUAACUUUGUCUAUGGCUACUGGCGAAGAGGCAAAGAAGAAAGCUCGGCUUGCCAGAUUUGCCCCAUUUUUAUAGCGUUCCCUUUUGGUUGAACAAGAAAGCAACAUCAACAAUUCUUAUGCACAACCAAGCUAUUAUCCAUUUAACCAAUUGGACGAGCCGAGCUAUUAACCAUUUAGUUCUUCGUAUCCUGAACCCUUUCAAUUUAAGGAUGCGGCAAUUAUUUGUAUUAACUCUAUGGAAUUCAACUCCAUUAGAGGGAGAUUACACUUAAUUUUCAUGGGUGUUCCUGAUUUGCUUCUUUCUCCACAUUUUGCACGCUGAAAUCCUGAUGCAUAUCAUUACUACUGUCACCCAGGUGCCUUUACUUGAGUCGUUGGAUAAGAUGUGAUGGCAUGAGGCUCUUAGCCAUUCUUUUCUACAGUACCAAGUGUUUUCUUUUUUGUUUCUAUUGCUCUUGAGGAUCUGCAAGAGGAAAAAACAAAAAAAAUUGUUGAUUCACACGGCGAUGGAUUGAAUUCAGAGUCUUCCUUAAUUUUGACAACACAUUUAAAUCACCUUUGGCUUCUUUCCCUAUCCCCUUGACAACUGCCUCAUCAUUUUUCUGCUCUGAUUGUUGUAGUUCAAGAGGUAUCAAAUUGCAGGGGUCUUUGGUCUUAACCAUAAUCAAGAAUGGCAGAUGGAGUUCAGAAGCGGUUAGGAUUUGCUUCAAAAACCUUGAGACUGCUUUUACUCUGUUUGAGUUACCCAUAUUUUUCUCAGUUAUCACUUAUAAGGGGUCUAGGAAAAUCUUCAGUAGCCUGUCAGAUGGGAUAACGUAUGGCUUGCUCUCUGUGUUUCAAGCUUGCUUUUCUUGGGGAACAGAAAUGCAAUUGUACUUCUUGGUGAAAAGGGCUAUUAAGGUCCCAUUUUCCACACACCACCCCCCACCACCCCCCCCCCCCCCCCCCCCCGAAAAAAAAAUACAUCAUUUGAUUAUCCUACAGUUGCAUCAGCCAUUUUUUAUGCCUUCUAAUCUAUAAUACAGCAACUCACAAAACGAGAAAAUAAUGUGUUGAUGGUAAAAAACUGGACAAUGUUUAUAUUUCUGAUGGAAUAACAAGAUUUACAAAGAUGAAGGAUGUUGUUUCAUUUUGUUACAUUAAGAAACAAUUUACGAACUUUGUACAUUUACAUCCGUCAUCUUCUAUUUUACUUGCUAAUAGAAGAUCUUACAAAUUGAUAGAUCUUUCUAAGAAGCCUGAAGUUUCUAGUUUUGUUUGUAAAGAAAUUGAAAAGGGUAUAAAGACAUUAACAAAGUUUACCAGCUAGGAGUUUGCCGACGAGGGGAGACCUUCUCCUCCUUUGAUUGACAAGGAACAAGGGGAGGGCCUACCAUUGAUCAAAUGAGGAUCUAAGAA